GCGAAAAUCUCGCAAAUACUCAGACCACGUGGUUAUGUCUCGGAAGGGGCGCUGCUUGGCACUGCUGCCAGCGCUGCUCUCCCUUCACGGCCUAUAUCGAAUGUGCAGGUCAAAUUUCUGUCAUUGCCAUCAGUCGCCGCAGCGAGCACAUCCGCCCGAAAAGACCCAAAGUAACGCAGAUUCACCAUGUGGCGAAGCCGGAACGGAGCAACGCUGCUGACUCUAUCGGUAACCCGCCAAGCGCAAUUGCUGGCGCAGCAAGCAACAGCGCUAACCGCGCCUGCUGCAGCCCGAGCGUUCCUGCCCAGCGCCUGGCGCGGCCUCGCUGCUAAUGCAGCCGCUGAUCUCAGUGGCACCGCUGGCAGUGGCGACCAAAACCAACAGGGCCCUUGGUUGACGUGGCGGCGCGGCGGUGCGCUACUGCUGCUCACGGGCGGCGCCGCGGCAGCGGCGCUGGGUCUGGGCAUGGGCACUACUGCAGGCAACCCGCCGCCACCCGCCGGCGCCAACAGUGCAGGUAGCAGUGGCGGCGGCAACAGCAGUGGCAGGUUGGGCUCAGGCCCGCCGUCGGCCAGUGCCCGCAUCGUUGCGGCAGCGCCGCUCGAGAGGACAGUCGCUGCUGCAGGCCGAGGUGGGGCGGCGGCGCUGCCCGCGCCAGCCGGUGGCGAGGGCGUGCGGCCGCAGGCAGCGGCCAUCGUGGCGGCGGCGGGCCAGGGCGGGCGGGAGCAGGCGGAGCGGCGCGAGGCGGCGGGCGCAGCGGAGCGGCCAGCAGCGGAGCAGCCGCCGCGCGAGCAGCAGCAGGAGCUGGAGGAGGAGGGGGAGGCGGCGGAGGCCGGCUAUGGCGAGGAGGCAUUUGUACGGCUGCCGGGCGAAGGCCCCAACCCCUUCACACACCCCGACCCGGGCCAGGAGCGGGACGCGGCAGGCCUGCCGCUGCUGCCGUGCGGCAAGGCACAGGCGCCGGCCGUGCCGCCCCCCACGGGCCGCCGCUCGCCCGCCCACCUGGUGGCGGAGCUCACGACCCUCACCGCCGACCUGCGCGUCAGCCCGCUGCACACGUACACGUACUGGACGUUUGACGGGCGAGUGCCGGGGCCGCUGCUGCGCGCGCGUGUGGGCGACGUCCUGGAGCUGCGCCACACCAACAGGGACCGGGACGGCGUGGGUCACAACAUCGACUUCCAUGCGGUGACGGGGCCGGGCGGCGGCGCGCCCGUGCUGUACGCGGAGGAGGGCGAGACCAAGGUUGCGACCUUCAAGCUGCUGCACCCAGGGCUCUUCAUCUAUCACUGCGCCGCCGCGCCGGUGCCAACACAUAUCGCCAACGGCAUGUACGGCAUGCUGCUGGUGGAGCCGGAGGGCGGCCUGCCCCCGGUGGACAAGGAGUUCUACGUGGUGCAGUCCGAGAUAUACGCCACAGAGUCGACAGAGACCAAGGGCAUGCUGGAAUACAACUACGUGGACGGACUGGACGAGAAACCCCUCAAGGUUGUGUUCAACGGCGCUGAGGGCGCACUGCAGGGGCGGACGCCGCUGGUGGCGGACCAGAACGACCGAGUGCGCAUCUACUUUGGCAACGCCGGCCCCAACCUGAUUUCCUCCUUCCACGUCAUCGGCGGCGUGUUUGACAAGGUGUACCGCGAGGGGGACCUGCUGUCGCCGCCCGGCCGCAGCAUCCAGACCACGCUGGUGCCCGCAGGCGGCGCGACUGUGGUGGAGUUCGACUGCCCGGUGCCCGGCAACUUCACGCUGCUGGACCACUCCAUAUUCCGCAUGGAGAAGGGCGCCAUUGGCUUCCUCAAGGUGCGGCCGCGCGGCGGCGACCGGCGCCGCGACAUCUACGACUCUGCGGACCCGCCAAUGCCCUGCCCCGGCUGCAAGCUGCAUCCCUAGCUAGCUAGUAGCUAGGGAGCCCCCUAGCUGGUGCGCUUGCGCGCCAGUGGAUUGUUAGGGGAUGUGGCCAUGUGCGAUGGGGCGUACACACGCUGAUGAUGGCCCUGCAUGCAGCGGCCAUGAUGGUGGUGAUGGUGACAAUCAAAGCGGGGCGUCGGGUGCCCCUGAUGGAGCCCACGCGCGUGAAAUGCAUGUUGCGCAACGAGUCCAAUGAGGUAAUAAAAGGCUUGAAAGGCGUACGGAUGUGAUAUAUGCAUCAAGCAAGAAAGUCUUCUUAUGUUGAGCGGACUAUAUGAAAUGUGUUGUACGACACGCGUGCAUGUGUUCUGCGAUACGGUACAUGUUCUCCACGGCUGAUUCCCGCCCACAGUCCCAGCCGCAGGACAUUCACCGUCGAGAGCACAGGAUUUGGCUAAGCCAUGUAUCAGGUUGCUCACUAAGGUAAUCGCGCUCACCAUGCGCGCUGCUCGGGCAUGCAUGUUCUCAAGCUACAGCGUGGGAGUGCGAAAUGCAAGCCCGAAGGUUGCACAGGGCACGGAGUGUACAAUGGGCAUGUAAUCUAAUGGA